CAGUUAAUGAGAAUCAUUUUUUUGAAUUAUUGUAUACUUCUUCUGAAUCUGAUCUUUGUACUGCUCUUGCAGCCUCAGAGCCAACUUAUCUAAUUGUCAAUAUCCUAGACUACUCAGUGAUCAUUGUACUAUUUCAAGCUGUUGAGCCACAUAACAAUAAGUGGAUAGAUAGGCUAAUAGAGCUAGCCUAUAUUAAG